AUGGACAGCGGGAGCCGGGCUGCGACGGUCGGGGACGGAGCAGCCAAUUUCACAGCAUCGAACCUGUGGCUGGAUCUGCUGAACGCGUCGGGCCGGUGGGACGGCGGCAGCAUCCCGGCCGCCGAGCCCCAGGGCGGCGGGCUGGACGAUCAGCAGCAGCGGCUCAUCCGGGAGCAGAGCUACCGGGACUUCACCACAGCCAUCCAGGUGUUCAUCCUCUUGGGUUCGCUGCUCGGAAACGCCACCGUGUUGUGGUGCACCAGCUGCACCAGCGUCUUCAAAUCCGUGACCAAUCGCUUCAUCAAGAACCUGGCAUGCUCCGGUAUCUGUGCCGGCCUGGUGUGCGUCCCCUUCGACGUGGCCCUGGGAGCCGGCCCCCGCUGCUGCUGGUGGCUUCACACGCUGCUGCUCUGCAAGGCCGUCAAGUUCUUCCACAGACUCUUCUGCUCGGCCACCGUGCUCAGCUUCAGCGCCAUCGCACUCGACAGAUACUACUCUGUGCUGUACCCGUUAGAGAGGAAGAUCUCCGACGCGAGGUCCAGAGAUCUGGUCAUCUACAUCUGGGUCCACGCGGUGGUGGCCAGCCUGCCGGUGUUUGCAGUGACCAACGUGACGGAUGUGUACGUCACCUCCUCCUGCUCAGAGGACCACGCCCGCUCGCUGGGCCACAUGGUGUACGUGUUGAUCUACAACGUCACCACAGUGAUCCUCCCGCUCGCCCUGGUCUUCGUCUACAUGCUGCUGAUCCGCCGAGCGCUCAGUGCCAGCCAGAAGAAGAAGGUGAUCAUCGCGGCACUGCGGACGCCACAGAACAGCAUCUCCAUCCCGUACGUGUCCCAACGAGAGUCCGAGCUACACGCCACCCUGCUGGCUGUGGUGCUAGCCUUCUCCGCCUGCAGCGCCCCCUAUGGGGCCCUGGUGGUUUAUCGCACCAUUUUGGCCGACACCAAGGAGCUGCCCAUCUCACUGUAUCUCACGGCCCUGUGGCUCCCCAAGGUGUCUCUGCUCACCAACCCCCUCUUGUUCCUGACUGUGAACCGCUCAGCGCGUCAGAGCUGGAUGGAGCUGCUGGCCAGGAUUCACAGACGUUACAGCCGCCGUAACGUGGUCAACACCGGGGGUCUGGCCUCUUUAGCGGCAGAGGGCGUGAUUGGGGAACCUCAGGGACUUGACACAGCCGGCCGCUCUGGGAGCCAACUUCUGGAGAUGUUCAACAUCGGCCAGCAGCAGAUCUACAGACCCUCUGAGGAGGAGGAGGAUGCAGGGAAUGAGAUUCCUUCUCAAGAAUCAGGAAACUGCUGUGGGCCACAAGAGGACCUCAAGAGCCGAUCGAGACUAGGGAGCCUCAGAGGGGAGGGGACCACCAAAAAGGACCCUAUGCUGGGCACAGUGGGAGGACUGGUCAUCACCAAAGAGGGCUCUCCUGCAAUCAUAGCCCCACGGAGCUCUCCGGUCCACAUGUGUGCUUACGCCUCUUCAUCGCAGGUGGCGCCAGCGACGCCAACAGAAGCUGAGGACUCUUCCCAGUUUGGCUUCGGACCGUUUGAGCUGCCUCCUCAGUGGUUACCUGAGACCAGGAACAGUAAGAAGAGGCUGCUGCCUCCGCUGGGCAACACGCCCGAGGAGCUGAUCCAGACCAAGCUGCCCAGACCUCGGCCUGAGCGCAGAAUCAGCAGAAACAAUAAGGUCAGCACCAUCCCCACUGUGGACCAGUGAAGAAGCCCUGCUGGGUGAGAAGCUCGCGUUCAUUGGGGCGAUUUUCAACCUUCUAGACUGGUUUCCAUUUUAUUCUCCAAUGCAGACGUUUUGGUUUUCCACUUCACUGCCCAAAACUUUUGAAGCCCGAGGCACCAAAGUUUUCUUGUUGGACAGAAAUCAAUUUGACAUAAUGAACGACCUCGACAAUGACGACGUGAUUGAGAGCAGAUACUGUUUGUCAAUCUCCCUCUUUUGAUUAGAGCUGGAAUCAGUGGUUCAAUGAAGACAGUGUGCAAAUCCAAUUAAGCUGAGAGAUGCACUGAUAAUAUAAUGUGAGAAUAAGUGAGGAUAUUGACUCUCCUAACACAGCAUUUUCUAAAAUGGGUACAUGCCGUGAUUGCACUCUGUAAAAAAAAAACAUGAAAAAAAGAUUAUCUUCAGUAUUUGGGAUUGACUUUUAUUCUGAAGUCUCACUUUUUGAAUAUUUGCAGUAUCUUUUGAAUGUAGUAGACGUCGCUGUUGUCAUUUGUAUUUUAAGUGUAAGUGGAUUUGAUAAAACA